AUGGCCUUCAUCCACCACUCCAACGCUUCGCGUUUCAGUAUCCAGGCCCAAACGGAGGCCGCCGUGUGCAUGAAGAAUCUCUCCAACUGGACACCUGCUGUCGCUGAAAUUCGCACUUGGCCUGAAUACACGCCACAGCCACUCCGGACACUCCCCGGCCUCGCGCAAAAACUGGGAGUAAAUCAGGUCUUUGUCAAGGAUGAAAGCAAGCGCUUUGGCGCUUAUUUCGGCUCAUUCAAGGCCAUAGGUGCCCCGUAUGCGGUCUAUAAGAUCCUCGCAGACGAAAGUUAUACAAAGACAGGAGUUCGGCCGUCACCAGUCGAGCUGCGUACUUUUAAAUAUCGCGACAUUACCAAAAGUGUAACUGUGUGCGUUGCGUCCGAUGGUGACCAGGGUCGUGGACUGGCAUAUGGCGCCCAGUUGUUUGGCUGCCGGUGCGCCGUCUAUAUCCACAGCCACGUCAGUGAAGGCCGCGCAGACAUAACGAAAGAGCUAGGCGCAGUGGUGAUUCGAGUUUAUGGGGAAUAUAAAGCGUCUGUUUCCCGUGCAAAAGAGGAUGCCCGCAUGAAUAACUGGUUUUUCGUGAGCAGCACCUCCUGGCCCGACUUUGAUAAUGACAUCCCACAGCAUGGCUUCUACACUCGCCUUCACGAUGAUCGCCCAUCCGGAAUACCACAGUUCAUUGUCGUUGAACCAUCCGAGGCAGAUUGUCUCCUGCAGAGCGCCAGACACGGAAAUCAGAAUGGCUUUGUCGCAGUCCCGGAUACCAUUGCGGUAGAUAGUAUGAAGACAUUGGCCAGUGGUUGUGAAGGCGAUAUUUCUGUGGUAAGCGGCGAGUCUUCAGCGGCCAGUAUGUGUGUCCUGCUUAGAGCCAGCACUGACUCGACGGUGCGUAACAAGCUCGGGCUGGAUGCGAACAGUCAGGUCUUGUUGUUCGUAUUGGAGGGCACCACAGAUUCCCAGAUAUUCGAGUCGUUAGUGGGCACGUCGCCAGCGGCGGUGUUUGCGGCCAAGGGGCCCUUCGCGGUCUAG